AUGCACAAACACUACACCGUCCGCUUCACCAAGGGCGCCCUGCCCUUUCGGACCCCCACCGAGCGCUACUUCCUGGACCCAGAAUUGGGGCAGCAAAAAGGAUGCUGUCACCAGUGGUGCCAUGACCCAGCGGCCCUUCGAGCCCUCGGGCCCUGUCGGCUGCCCCCACAGGUGUGCUGGCAGCUGGCCUACCAAAGCCACCGGGGGGGUGUCAGCGGCUGCUGCCGGGGCCCCCAGGCCCCCAUCUUGCAGCAGCAGCGGCAGCCCCAGCCACCGCCUCCCAGCCCCCUGCGGCAGCGGCUCUGCUCCGUUCCAGCGGCCCGGAAGGGGCCGCCUGCAAGCGCUGCUGCCCCCAGGCAGCUGGCCAGCGCCCCCCAGCCGCCCCCCAAGCCCAGCAUCUCACCCACCGCCGCACCUGCCACGGCCAGCAGCCGCCCCGCCCCGCGCUCCGCAGCCAGCGCCCUCCUGGAGCCCAGCACGGCCCGGGCCGCCCGCCCCCUGUUUGCCCCAGCAGCCUGCGGCGCCUUCACCUUCAGCUCCGAUAUCCUGACGGAAGAUGAUGUCUACUGUAGCUGCCUGGCCAAGACCCUCUGCCACGUGCCUGUCCCUGUGACCGUGGGUUUCUAUGCCCCCUUUGGCUGCCGCCUGCACAUGAUGCUGGACAAGAUCACUGCUCUGAUGCAGCAGGAGGCGGCGCAGCGCGAGGCCGAGGAGCUGCGGCGGGUGCAGUGUCAGCCGCGGCCCGUGCGCGGCUGGGGCUUCCCGCAGCUGCUGUGGUACCUGGUGUUCCUGCAGCCUGUCAUCACCGAGCUGCACCUGCACCGCAAGAACGUCCAGUUCCUCUUCAUCCGCUUCAGCGCCUGGCACUACGCGGGCACGGACAAGCUGUGGGCCGGCCUGGUGACCACGCUGUGCGAGGGCAUCCGCCACCACUAUGGCGCGCUGCCCUUCAGCGUGUACUCGGUGCUGGGCAACAAGCCGGCCGCGACGCCGGGCUUGUGCGAGCGCGAGUGGCACUGCCGGCGCCGCGUGUGCCUGGCACUGCUGGCGCUGCUGGCGGCGCUCAGCCUCGGCGUGGGCCUGCUCUACCUGUCGGUGGGCGCCCACGCGCAGGGCCACGGCGCGGCCAGCGGCAGCCUGCUGCGCGGGUUCGGCGGCGCGGCCACCACGCUGUCGGGGUCGGGGCUGCUCAUGACCGUGUACUCGGUGGGCAAGCACCUGUUCGUGAGCCAGCGCAAGAAGAUCGAGCGGCUGGUGUCACGCGAGAAGUUCGGCAGCCAGCUGGGCUUCAUGUGCGAGGUGAAGAAGGAGGUGGAGCUGCUCACCGACUUCCUGUGCUUCCUGGAGAUCUACCAGCGGCGGCGGCUGCGCGUCGUGCUCGAGGUCACCGGGCUGGACACGUGCUACCCGGAGCACGUGGUGGGCGUGCUCAACGCCAUCAACACGCUGCUGUCCGACAGCCACGCGCCCUUCAUCUUCAUCCUGGUGGUGGACCCCAGCAUCCUGGCCGCGUGCCUCGAGAGCGCCGGCUCCAUGAAGGGCACGGCCGACAACGGCUACCUCUUCCUCAACCGCACCGUCACGCUGCCCUUCUCCGUGCCCAUCAUGGGCCGCCGCACCAAGCUGCAGUUCCUGCACGACGCCGUGCAGAGCCGCGACGACCUGCUCUACCGCGAGAUGACGUGCAAGCCGCGGCCGGGCGGUUGCCGCGGGGGCGGCGGCGGGGGCGGCGGCGAGGGCGCGCAGCUGCUGGUGGUGGAGACGCAGGCGGGCGCCGAGGGCGCGCAGAGCCGCAUAGACGCCGAGGCGGCGCGCCGCAUCCAGGAGGCACUCUUCUGCUUGCACGACGAGCGCGACUGCCUCUACGAGUACGUGCCCGACAACGUGGUGUCCAUGCGGCGCAUCGUCAACACCGUGCCCAUCACCGUGCGCCUUCUGCAGCAGCAGGACGGGGACUUCGCGGGCCCCACGCCGCGCCAGGCCGUCGCUUGGGUCGUGCUGGCCAACCAGUGGCCGUGCCGCCUCAGCUGGGUGCUGCAGUGCCUGGAGGACCGGCAGCAGGCGGGGGGCGCGCCCGAGGCCCGCGCGCGCCUCUGGGACGUGUUCUGCGACAACAGCCGCGAGCUGCACUCCAUGACCAAGGCGUUGCAGAACGUGCUGGACUUGGACGGCGACCCUGAGCUUUUCGAGCGCUUCCUGGGCGCCGACUUCCCUUUCACCGUGGCCCAGGCGCAGACCCUGCUGCGCUGCACCGUCAACCUGGACCACUCCAUCCGCCGCCGCAUGGGCCUCAUCCGGGCGGUCAGCGCGCUCAAGCCGCCCAGCCCGCCCAAGUCCCCAGCCCACGACGCCCCCCACGCCGCCGACGGAGCCAACCAUGCCGCCGGGGCCUUUGGGCCCGGUCAGGGCGCCGGGCACGCCCCGGCGCAUGCGGGCAAAGCCCACCAGCCCCGGGACGGGGCGCACGGGGGCAAGCCACGACUCGUGGCCUGA